AUGUCGAGGAGAGCUAUAACACUAGAAGAAAAGAAUCAAAUAAUAAAUAAAUUGGCGAAUGGUGAAUCUAAUGCAGAUGUUUGCCGACAAUUUGGAUUGCCGAGUUCAACUGUCUCUACGAUCUGGAAAAAUAGAGCCAAACUUCAGAGUACGAUGAAUUCCAACAUCUCUAAAAUGAAGAAAAUUAGCAAACCCGUCAAUUCAGGAACUGAAAAAGCAUUGCUAAAUUGGUUCAAACAAAAGAGGAUUCAAAACGUUCCAAUUAGCGGCCUGAUGUUGCAGAAGAAAGCAGAAUAUUUUUCUAGACUAUUGUCCCCUGAUAACCAAAACGUAUCCUGUUCUAGAAGCUGGAUAUAUCGCUUCAAAAGAAGGUACUGUAUUACUUCAAGGAAAAUGCAUGGAGAAGCAGCAAGUGUAAGUGCAAGUGCAAGUGCAAGUGAAAGUGAAGAAGAUUGGUUGAAUUACAUCUGGCCCGAUAUUAGAAAAAAUUAUUCUAAUGAUGACAUUUUCAACGCUGAUGAGACUGGAAUAUUUUUCAAGCUUAUGCCAAAUCAAACUCUCAAGUUUCAAAACGAAAAAUGUUCUGGGGGUGAGAAAAGUAAAGAUAGAAUUACAGUGUUAGUUUGCGCCAACAUGUCUGGUAAGGAAAAAAGAGAAUUAUUGGUUAUAGGAAAACCAAGAACACCCAGCUGUUUGAAGUCUUGUAAAAAUUUACCUGUCAAAUAUACAUCGAAUGAGAAAUCAUGGAUCACAUCCGAGAUUUUUGAGACUGAAAUCAGGAAAUGGGAUCUUGAUUUACAAAAAAAGAAGAGAAAUAUAAUCCUGCUUGUUGACAAUUGUCCUGCUCAUCCAUGUGUUGAGAAUCUAAGGAGUAUAAAAUUAGUGUUUCUUCCUCCAAAUAUGAAUGCAAUUUUACAGCCUAUGAACCAAGGAAUUAUUGCAUGUUUUAAAUCCCAUUAUAAAAAAAUAUUUCUGAGUAAUUUGUUUUCCCACUUAGACAAUGGCGAAAAAUUUAAAUUUUCCCUUCUUGAUGCUAUAUUUGCUUUAAAUAGGUCAUGGAACCUCGUUUCUUCAAAAACUAUAAGCAAUUGUUAUAGGCAUGCAGGUUUUUAUCCUGAAUAUGAGGAAAUUGAUGACAUUCCUUUAGCAGAAUGGUUGAGGAUCAAUGAUGAAAUUCCUUCAGCACAAUGGUUGAGGAUCAAUGAUGGAAAUUCCCAAGGGGAUUCACUUAGUUUAUUUGAUUGGGCAAAAAGAAACAACCUGAUCAACCGACAUUUCAGCGACAAAGAAUUACAAGCCUAUGAAAGCGUGGAUGAGUCUUUGGAUGUUUGUGGAAAUUUAUCUGAUCCUGAAAUCGCCACUUCUGUAAAAACAAAUGAUAAGUCCGGGCGCAUAUUGAGAAGCAGCCGUGUUGCCAGCCAUUACUAA